CCCGCCCCCACACACCUGCCCUCUUCCCCUCCCUGCCUUGGCCCAUCUCUCUCCUUCUACCUCCGGUCCUCCCCUCGGUGGUUUGAUGUGGUCAGUUUCCCAGGGUCUCUCCGCCAGCCGUGGUUUGCUCUAGCGGGUUUGAAGCCAUCCCUCCCCCUCCCAAUUUCCCCCUCCUGGUGGUGGUGCGUCCCGGAGUGACAGAAAUGGCGCCGACCUCGCCUUGUGGGAGGAGGCCGCGGCCUAUGCCGCGCUAUGUUUAUAUGACCUGCUUUGGUUCCCACCCUUGCAGGAGCACGGUCCUCUAUAGGGGGCAGGGCUCGUGGAGGCUGCAGAGGCACGAGGUCGGGAGCGGGGACAGGGCGGCAAAGGCCGCCGGGGGUCCCUCGGGCAGCCCCGAGCUCGCCUCACAGAAGACUGUAUCAUCUCGGGUGUCGAGCCCGGGGACCCCGGUGCCGAGAGCCCGACAGCUGCCGCGCUUGCCCGGCCGGGCCGGGGGCAGUCAGCGCAGGAAGACCCGAAGACCUGAAGCCGGGUCAGACCGUGUCAGUGAUGCAGUUGAAUUUUACAUGCCUUUGAAUGAAGCUGCUAAAAUCAUAAAGAAGAAUAAAAAGCCUGCAGUGUGGGACAGUGUUUACAAGGUGAUUUCCAAGAUGCUGAGUGAAAAUGAAAAAAUCAGAGACAGAAUGAACUUCAAACAGGAUUGUGCUGAAAGUGGGGAUCUGGCCCAGAGUACAGAGGAGUCUUCUCAUCUCUGUAGGGAACUCAUCAUGGAAUGAUUAAGAAACAAUCAAAAAUGGAAGAGCAAAAUUAAUGGAUGGAUACUGGCAACAUCAUUUACAUUUCAUGGAAUGUUUUGGUUUUGUUUCUUGACAUUUGGUAUGGAUAAUUAGUUUACCCAACUCCUUAAUCCCUGAUAACUUUACUUUUAUUGCAUUUUGUUGUCAGUAGGAGUCAUUCUUGGAAAUCUAUUUAAAUCCAAAAAAUAAAACAUUUCCCUUGUAUAAUUACAUUAAAAAAUGAGCUGUAAAUAUUGUUUUGUGGAUUUGUCUAAGGUAUCAUCUAAAUUUCCAAAGUAUAUUUUCAAAAACAUGAGAGUUUAACGAGUUUGAGUAGUCUCAAAGCUAUAGGGACUUUGAAAUCACAUUUUACAUGUUUGCAGUAUAAUGUGUCCCUAUGAGCUUAAUGCUGCUCUUAUCCUUUGCAAGACAGACUUGAGAUAGAUCAGAGAGGAUAUGUUUGGAAAUAAAGGUGAUAUAAAAGCAAAAGACAAUUAAACAAUCUAUUUAAUA